UAUGCUACCAGACUUUACGUUGACACUCACGCUAUAUACUACUUAUAAGUAGUUCGCACCACAGCACCACACUCGUCCCCCCUUUUAAUCAGCUGUCGUCGUAGUCCUUCAAAACAGAGCCCCUGGUCAGUUAAUAUCACCUUCCGUAUUCCGUGACACGCUACAAUAUGCCGGUCAUCGUUCUUGAUCACUGGUCUGGAAUGGAUACGGCAUCUAUCCAACGUGUAGCGUUUACAAGUUCCCGAUGCUGGAACACGGCGGCAGGCACACACUCGACAAACUGCGACGCCAAAGACUGUGCCCCGCCCACUCCUCACGGCGCAAUCCGGUGAGCUCCACAGCAAGCACCAACAGGUCACCAUCGGCCGACAGCCGCGCCAACCGGAACCUCUGCGGCGCCUCCUCCCUGUCCGCUGGGCUGUCGAACUCCAUUAUCAGCCGCCCGGUGACCGUCUUCCACGCCGUCUCCUCGGUGGCACCGUCCAGGCUGUCGUGUACCGCCUUCGCCUCACCUCCCCGCAGCGUCCCCAGCACCGUCAACUCCGCCUCAGGCCCCCACCGGCUCCACCGUGGCCCCAAACUCCCCCAGGAAGCUCCGCCUAUCUCCGUCCUGCAACUCCUUCGGCCACGGGAGCCCCUUCCUCCGAGCAGGCAGCGACACCAAAUGUAGUGAAUGAGAACACAGGUGGGGGCAACCGAAUUGUAUUUAACGAAAAUUACAGAGUUAGUCAGUAAAAUAGGAAAACCAUAUCGUAAAUCGUUCAUUUGCAAAAGAUCAGUUCAUACUAUGGAACUGGACUGUUCCUGUUGCCAAACAUCAAUCCAUUGUCACUCUUCAUGCGUUUCAUACAAAUUCCAUUGUUUUCUGACUCUUCCUUUCUUGAUCUUCCCCCCAUAUUAUGCUACCAGACUUUACGUUGACACUCACG